AUGGAGUCGAGUUUAAGUGGAGAAAAACGCAACAUCGAUGAUGGCGCUAUAUACUUUUAUUUUCCCGAUGGCCUAAAUACAAUCGAAGAACUCUUCAUGCAAGGUCUAGGAUAUGGAGAUAAUAUCGUUGAAGACUAUGAACAGCUGCCGGAAAUAAUGGCACCCGAAACAUUUCUCUUUGGAAUGGGUAAACAUGUUAAAUAUUGGCAUAAAGAGUUGUUGACUUCGGCGACUCCUUUUAUGUCUAUUUUGGCGCCAUUGGAGGUAAAUGGGUAUUGGGAGAGUUAUUCUCGUCGGACUCAACUUAUAUUCCGGCAUUACUUAGGUGAAGUAAACGGUAGAAAACUCGGUCCUCUUGUAAAUAUAACCUCUCUUCCUCCUGACGAACAAAAACGACUUGGGAAAGAUCUGGACACGAGGGAAGGUACCGAGUUGCUUAUGAGUGAGAUAUUAAUGCAUUAUAAGUUUUACUAUCGAAGUAUGUCGGAUUCGACAAAAGAGAGAGUGAGACCUAUGCAGGGGUGGUAUAGACCAAUGACAUGGCACAAGCUUCCUGGACCUCUUAAUAUCUCAGGGGAUAUAUAUAAUUUGGAUAAAAUGCAGAGGAAAUGGAAAGUGAAGAAUGUGUCGUGGUGGCAAUGGCUUGUUAAAAAUUUACCUUUGUUGAUUUAUUUUGAUAUGGUAUUGCAUUGGAUCGGGAGGACUUUUUGGAAGGAUGAAAUACCGCUAAAUGAGGAACAUAAAUGGCCUGUGGAAGCAGUGUGGGAUUCGAGGGAGGAGGAUGGAAAAGUGUGGUAUUUGGUUGAGACGAGGAAGAACGGGAAGACGCAUUGGGGACAUUGGCCGAGUGAAGAACUGGGGCCUGGGGUGUAUGAAAAGGUUCAAGAUUUCCAUUUUGUGAAUUCUGGGAGGACGAUAGGGGAUGUGAAGAUGGAUUGGCGGGAUUAUGGGAAGCAGUGGUUUGGGAGGCAUGUUUGGCGUCUGUUUGAAGAAGUCGAGUAA